CCUCCUCUUUCUCCCAUAAGAACCCUCCGUGCAUCGCCAACUCUUUCCAACGUUUCCCCCCCAACAAUUACUCACACACUGCGAAUUCAUCUUGAAAUUAUGUGCCAACGGAUAGCUCAAGGAACACGAUGGAACAAAUGCGGGCACUUUCAACGGCAGUUUGUCAAAGCCAUCGUCGAUUGUAACUCCAGACAAUGCAUGAAGAGUUAUGCGCACCCGCCAUCCUGCCGUCAGCCCACUUGUUUCCAGACCUUUGGUCCAGAUAUAGAGCGGGACGUCGACAACGUCGACGAGUACUGCUUUCCAUGUCGCGCGGCCCAAGCUCGAGCGGAAGGCCGCCCUCUGACAUGACACUGCCGAAUCGCCACGACCCCGCAUAUCUGUACCCCCAUACCCCCAUUCAUCUCAUAGCUGUACUUCAAUGUAUUGUAUUCGUCUCGUUAUGUCCAAUUUUUCAUUCCGCU